AUGAGAAGGAGGCUGAGUAGAUUGAGCAUGAUUUUGCCUCGUCAUAAGACCAGUCCUGGCACUUUUGAAACUGAUGGUGGGUUCAUUUUCAGAGCUGAUUCUGAUAAACUGCACAAUGACCCUGAACUUUUAAGUAGCAAUGGCCGAGAUAUUUCUGGUCAAGAGAAUGAAAUAACUACGGGAAUUGCAAACAGUACUUUGCAUAACCAGCAAGAAACUGUGGAAUCAGCGACUACUGUACCACCACAAUUAUCAUCGACAACUACUUUACCUGAUGGUCUCAACUCAGAGACCGAAUCUGUACCAACUGGAGACCAGCGUCAGCCUGAAGUCGGUUCUUAUGAACACGAACAAUCGCAGAACGACCAUUCAUCAGGUGCAGGCACCUUACCGUACUCUUCUGGAGAUUCUGCCACUGCGUCCAGCGAACCUACUAUAAUUGAGACGCAACCGCAACCAUCAGCCAUUGAAUCACAGUCGCAGUUGCACCAGCCAGAAACAGUGACUGCAUCAAGUAAUUUUUCAAGCAUUCCACAUAUACCUAAUGGCACUCACUCAGCAAUUUCUGGUGAACCUGUGGUGCUUACCACUGCGACUGGAUCUACCAUCCCGGCAAUUACAUCUUCUAACCACGACGGAUCUUUAUCACGAGGGGUUAAACAAGUGACACCUCCACCUUCAGUACCAGUGUCAACAUCAAUUCACAAUAAACUACCACCCAUCUCGACUAUAUCACCACCUAAUCAUUUCAGACAGAAUCCUCCUACCAGAGAGAAUUCGCUCUCUCCACUUCAUGAACCAGGUUCAGUUGUAGAAUCACCAAGACUGUCUUCACCCUCUUCAUCUUUGAUAUUCGAGCGGUCUGUACAGGAUUUCACUAUUGGAAAUGACGACAAAAUUCCUUCUCACUACCACAGUGAAGACUACAUUCCUCCAGUGCUGGAUGCUUCGACAACCGCCAUCACAGACUCUUCUUUGGAUCCUAACAUGAUUGAAAUUGUGUCUUUAUCGCCCGGGUCUGCUGCCAGAACACGAAGUAUAUCCAGCGGCGGUUACCACCAUCACAGCAGCCAAGACGAAAACAGUCCCCUUCCUGCUGGUUUGUCAUCGCCAUCUCAAUCAUCACCCACUCGGUCACACUUGAACCAGCACCAGUUCAACUCUAAUGGCACCAGCACUGGAUCUUCUGGACCUAAUUCUUCUAAUGGAGGUCUUGGACUUCGAAACUUGGGUGCUCCACCAGUAAUUGGAAUUGCCGUGUCUGGUGCUAGUAACAGCUCCAAACAACACCCCACGGUUUCAGAGGGCGAUGGUACCGCUAACAACCAUUCUAAUAGCAUUCCAGUUCCACAGCCGGCAUCAAAUAGUCCCUCUAAUGGCGACCGCCACGUUCUCAGUUUCUGUUCUUUUGCCGACAUCGUUACUUCAGAACACACUCCACACCCCAAUAAGGCCUCAUUUUCGGCCUCUUCGCCCUCCAGUCCGCGAUCCAAGCCGUUCGCAGACGGGUUUGCGGGGUCUCCCCACUCUCUCCGAACCAUCGAAUCAGCGGAAGCGCUCGCCGGGUCUGAAGAGUUCAUUCUGGCGCCCGAGGAGUUCGAGCUCGAAGACGACCCUGGCCUCGUAGUACGCUCCAUGGACGAAACCAUCCGUUACAACACCGGCGAGAUCACCAGCCAGCUGGCAUAA